CAACUCAUACACCACACACAAACUCAUAGAGAGGCUGCAGAAUUCUUACCAACUGGCAAGAAAUAUGUCCAUUCUUCUCACCAGUAUCAUCUGUACCCUUACAGUUUUAGGUAGCAUUAUGGCAAACACGUUUACCCUGGAGGGUCAUGUUGGAGGACAGAUUCAGAUCAGAUGUUCUCAUGGGAAUGCCCACAAAAAUAUUAAGUACUUCUGCAAUGCAGAAUGUGAGACUGAUGAAGAUAUUCUCAUUAAAAGUGCAAGAAACCGCAAUCCAAAUACCAGGGGAAGGUAUUCAUUAUCUGACAAAGGCUCAGGGGUCUUCAUUGUGACCAUCUCUAACCUGAAGAAGUCAGACUCUGGGAUUUACUGGUGUGCAGUGGAAAGACCCAUUAAAGACACAUAUCGUAAGGUGAUCCUAACAGUACUGGAAGCUCCAAAGCCCACUUCUCGCACAACACCCACACUCUCAGACUGGAGCACAUCUAAGGGAACAGAGGUGAGCAAAAUGGCAGAUUCAGACACAUCCUUCAAAGCCACGCCUGUAAAAACUACAACCACAGCGAAUUCAUCUGAUAAGUCUGAUAACAAGCAACUCAUUUAUAUAGGUGCUGGUUUGGCCGCUCUGGUGCUGCUUUUUGUAAUUUUCCUUUUCAUACUGAUAAAACAAAGUAAACAAAGGAAAGCUGCAGUACAACAAACUGAGAAGGCUCAACACACAGAGAAUGUCGCUAAAUACUCUUCAGCAAAAACGUCCUCCUCAGUCAAUCAGAGGACAACUCCGAGCAUUCGGGACAAUCCUACGGCCAACCGGAGGCCUCAGUCAGAUCCCAGCUCUACUGUAUAUGCCAACUUCACACCCGCUCAUGACUCUCUUAGUUAUGCUACUGUGAGCUUUGCCAAUCAAUCUGAUGACCUCAAUUACUCCAAUGUUAUGUUUGUCAAAAAAAGUGAUGCCAACACCAGCCACCCAAAGAAGUCUGAAGUGGACACGGCUAGAUCUUCAUCACCGCUCUACUCAACUGUUAACCCCACAAACAGUUCACACUCAGAUCAAGAUACAAACGCAGUCAUAUAUUCUACAGUACAGAAGGCAAAGUAGAGUUAAUCUGCAAUACUAAUGUAAAACAUGUAAAGCCUUACUGUCUUCCAGCCAUUGAGUAAAACACCAGCAUGUACAUACUUUGUGUUUGAAAAUGACUGAAUGCACAUAUCAAGUGACUGUUUCAGUGCAGAUGGUCUAAAGUCUUGGUUCCUUUCUUUCACACCUGUUUGAAGUGUCUGCUAAUAUUUUAAGAUUAAUCAGAGGUUUUGAGCCUCAUUCACCAAUAUCGUUUUUCAUAGAUGUGUUCUUGAGAAAGGUCCAAAGAAAAAGUCGGCAUCAGAUUCAUGACGUCUUCUUAAACCACAGAAUUGUGAGUGUGUGUAGAUUCUGUUCUUUCCUAAGAACAAAUCCCAAAUAAGAAAACAAUGGUGAAUGUCAAUCUUUGUGAAAACUGUGUGGGUUUUAAGAGAAAACUUAAGAACAGUUUUGAAUGAGGCUCAUUGUCUGGUUUAGAGGAGUUAAUAAAAUGGACACAUUGAGAAAUGAAGUUGGAGGAGAUGACCAUAUUCUCAGAAAUAAUAUUAAAUGUAUGGCAGAGUUUGUUUGAGUUUGAAAUAAGCUUAUUUUGGUGGGGCAGUUGAGCCUGUAGUAAUGACGAGAUAAUGUCAAAUUCAGUCUCUUCUUUUGGAGCUCUUGUGUUGGAGUCAGACGUUUCCUUGCAGAUCAAAAACAUAAUGGACUCUCACAGUCAGAAUUACUUGCACUUCUGUUGUUUCUGCAUAUAGCAAUACUGAGUGAAUGUGUUUUAUCCUUGUGUAUAAUUGAUGAAGCUCUGAAAAUAAAGCUUUAAAAGUGA